GUGACAUCUUCUACCAGCGUAUAAUAGUCGUCACCGCCUGUUGUGUCGGAUAUCUCACUCGUUACACCGUCACCCGUCUUUUUUCUUACACGUCUCACCUGAACGAUGGACGACUUUGUUGCCAAAGACGCGAUGAUCCACGCAAAGGACGCGCCCGAGAUGGAUGCAGACGAGCUGCGCCUGGCUCAGAUGGGCCACACUCAAGAGCUCAAGCGACAUUUUAGCACGCUGUCGUUGAUCGGCCUUGCCUCCACAACGACCAUCUCAUGGACUGGCCUUGGACUGAGCAUCGUGACGGAGAUCAAUGCGGGCGGACCGAGUGCGAUCAUCUACGGCUUCAUUCUGGUCACAAUCAUGCAGUCGUUUCUCGGCGCCUCGCUGGCAGAGUUCGUCUCCAGCUAUCCGACCGAAGGAGGCAUGUACCACUGGAUCGCUGCUGUUGCGCCCAAGAAGUUCAGUGCUUUCCUGAGUUUUAUUACCGGCUGGUUAACAGUCUCAGGCUGGAUCUUCACCACAGCCUCGACCAACCUGAUCUUUGCCCAAGUCGUCCAAGCUCUGUACGCGCUGUACCAUCCCGACAUCGAGAUCAAAACGUGGCAGACGUUCAUCAUCUACCAGAUUCUUAACAUUCUGACGGCCUCGGUCGUUCUUUUUGGAAACAAGAUCAUCCCGGCCUUGAACAAGUUCUCCCUAUUCUACCUUCAAAUUGGCUGGCUGGUCGUCCUCAUCACUGUCGUGGCGUGUGCUCCCACGCAUCAGAGCCCGAAAUUUGUCUUUAGGACCUGGGUCAACAACACGGGUUGGGACAGCAAUGUCAUUUGCUUCAUCACCGGCCUUGUCAAUCCGUUGUACAGUCUGGGUGGUCUGGACGGCGUGACGCAUAUUACAGAGGAGAUGCCCAAUCCUUCGCGCAAUGCACCCUUGGCUAUUGGAAUCACCUUGACUAUUGCUUUCACGACUGGCCUCACCUACCUGAUUGCCCUGAUGUUCAGCGUGCAGGAUUUUGCCGCUCUAUCCACCACAAACACAGGGCUGCCUCUGGCUGAGCUCUUCCGCCAGGUCACCGAGUCCGCUGGGGGUGCGUUUGGUCUGACCUUUAUCCUCUUCGUUGCCCUCGGGCCUUGCGUGAUCUCAUCGCAGCUCUCUACCUCGCGCGUGCUCUGGGCGUUUGCCCGGGAUGCUGCCAUGCCCUUCUCCUCGACUUGGGCCCGCGUCAGCAAACGGUUUGGAAUCCCCUUCAAUGCACAACUCUUCGUCGCCGCCGCCGUUGCCGCCCUAGGCUGUAUCUAUCUGGGAAGUAGCACAGCGUUCAACAGUAUGCUCGGAGCCGCAGUUACGAUCAACAAUGUCGCGUACUUGAUUCCCAUUUCCACCAACAUGCUGACGGGCCGCGCCAACAUGCACAAGGGCGUCUUCCAUAUGGGGAAAUGGGGCUGGUUGGUCAACGGUGUGGCCGUAGGAUGGUUACUGUUUGCCAUCAUCUUCUUCAGCUUCCCAUACAACAUGCCGGUUACAGUGGAAAACAUGAACUACACUUGUGUGGUGGUUGGUGGAAUUCCCAUUCUCAUCCUCGUCUGGUGGUUCUUGGGCAAGGAGCAGUACAAGGCCAAGAUUGCAAGGGCCAAGGAGGAGUAGGCGCGUGUUUUGGGUUGUGAUGUUGUUUUUCCGGGGAAUAUCAUCGCAUGGCCGUAUGGAUUCUGUGUGCAGGUACUUAGGCUUAGUUAAUGCACCGAUUACUUUUGCC